AUGCAGGCCGACUUUGAUCAUGCCAGUAGGAGGGCUGGUCUUCGACUAAACCUUGCAAAAACAAUGUUUUUGAGGAACGGAUUGGUUUCGUAUGCAGCAUUCACGCUCAAGAGUACGAGUAUCUCAGAAUGCUCCAGCUACAUCUACCUAGGUCGGGAAAUCAAAAUGACGAACGACAUAGCACUAGAGUUGAGCAGAAGGAAACGAGCGGCUUGGGGAGCUUUCAGGAGCAUCGAGGAUGUAGUGAAGAGAACCAAAAACACCCGACUCCGUGGCCACAUUUUCGACUCAACGGUACUUCCUGCCCUAACGUAUGCGUUAGAAACGUGGUCGCUGCGUAAGCAGGAUGAAAGAUCACUCAGCGUUAUUGAACUCGCAUUUGAAAGGACGUUGCUAGGGGUAUUCCGUUUCACACCAAAAGGGAAGAUAUUCGAAGCUCCGACCUGCGUGAACGAUCAAGAAUCAGAGAUGCCGUUCUCUACACCAAACAGUUGGGGAUAA